CACUAAACUAAGACAGUCUGACUCUAAAGUCAAUCUUUCGCCCACACAUGGAGAGAGGAAUUUCAACGUUUCCACCAUGGCCAGGCUUUCGGCUUGCUCGGCGGAGGAAACGAGGACGUUCUUUAUGAAGCCAUCGAUCAUAAUCCCAGAUGAGUUGCGGCACACACAGGCAAUUGAUCCUUCAAAUGAUCUAGCUACUAAGUUUUUGUCCAAAUUGCUCCAUUUGCUAAAGUUUCUGAGCAUUUGUUGCCCUCCUUCGACCAGCGACUUCGGAUCCGGGAGGCACCUUCUAAAAACGUGGCUAUUUCUUGCUUUCCAGAUUUUCCAAAAUACAACCGAGACUAGUUCAAAUUCUGUUGGUACACUUGUUAAAUCAAGUUCCCUGGGGAGAGUCUGGUCUCCAGCCAAGAUAUCAGGAAAUUUCACCAAAUGCCCACUCUCAAUGGCUAAGUUACAUGUUUUAGUAAGUUUACUCUUUCUUUUCUCAUUGUCAUUCUGCUGAAGUUGCUAGAAGGGGCUAGAACUGCCCUUCUCAUAAAGUACUAUUUGUCCAGAGUGGGUAGGUAUCUCCGGGAUACUUUCCUCUUCCAUAGGUUCAUCUGAGUCUUUGCCAUGAAAUAACUUCCGGAAUGGGCUUUUACUACUUACCUCAGCCUUCAGCCAUGAGCCGAAUAAUCUCUCCUCAUCAAUGUUUAAAUCCUCGACAUUAAAUGGCACCU